AGGACAAAGGAAGUUUUCUUUUCGAUCUUAACUGGUUCCUUCACCAUCGAUAGAAUCCCGCGAAUAGAAUGCGUAAUGAUCCUACCAUAGAACAUAGAUUGCCUCGUGUGUUUUCUGCCUUUUUUUCUCAUUCUUUCCUUCUCCCGAAACGGAGCAGAACGCGCUGUGCCGGGUGUCUCCAUCACCCACACCUCCCUCCGUUCUCUCGGAUGAAUCGCCUCCAGGACGCCGGGCAUUAUGCUUGUCUGCUCUACAUGGCGCCUCAACUCCGUUGGUUUUUACAUUGCGCAGCACCCGUGGCUGAAGGCAGCCGGACUCGUGAAGAUCGGCUUCAGCACCUGCCUCGAGACGCGGUUGGACAUGGCUUCUUUUAAAACGUGCUUUACACCGGAGUGGUACUACGCCUCCGUGUUCGAAUGCAAAACGGCGAAGGAGGCGCUGCUGCUGGAGCAGUCGGUGCUCUUCUGCCUGCGCGAGAAGCGGGUGGAGCAUCGCGAGCUUCUUCGCCUGCAUGAGGAAGAGGUGGCGGAGGUGGCGGCGACGGUGGCUGACAAGAUGAACCUCUCAGUCACUCAGCGCACCCUACCUGUUUAUGCGUCCCCCUCCUCUUCUGCUAGCGGGUCCGCCGUCUCCAUCGAUGCAGACGAUCUGCCGGGCACAGCAGCGAGUGGCGGCACGUCGAAGAAGAAGAGUGAUGUGGCGCUCUCGUUAACGCCACGGCAGAUCGAGACCACCAUCGCUCCCUAUCGAUCUCUGCUGGAAUCUGUGAGGUUGAAUGCACCACCAUCCGUCGCGCGCACGCUGCAAGGCGCGUCCUCGCUCACCCUGUCUCCUGCGGAGGCCGAUAUGGAAAGUGAAGAGAAGGAAGAGGAGGAUCUUGCGGGGUUCGACUACGACUUUCUCUCUUCUUGGGUCGACGGCAGCGACUACCACGUCGACCGUCUGCGACCGUACCAACAAGAGGCGGUGACGCGGCUGGUGGCCGAACUCGAACAAAAUCGGAAGGCCGUGUGUCAGAUGGCGUGCCGCUGCGGCAAGACGCCCGUGGCCUACCACGUCAUGCAGCACGCACUGCAAAGCAAGGGCAGUGGGCGGGUGCUGUACCUCGUCCCUGGGCUGUCUCUGCUUCGCCAAACAGCGCGGAAGCUGGUGGCCUACGGCUUGAGUAGCGACACUCCACUCCUGUUGAUUGGAUCGGAUCCCGUGCCGGUGAUCCUUGAUGGCGGUCGCAGUCAGCCCAUGACGACGGACCCCAACGUGAUUCGAGAAACUGUCCUCGGCAACCCGAAGCUCGUCGUUGUCUCCACCUACCACUCCUCGCCGCUCUUGAAGAGUGUGAAUGUUUUCCAGCUUACGGUGUUUGAUGAGUGCCACCGCGUGUGCGGCAGUGCGGCGGACACCGCCUUCAAUUCCAUGCUGAAGCUGCCCCUGCACGGACGCCGUCUCUUCCUCACCGCCACGCCGACGUACGACACGCCUAUUAAGAUGAGUGACAGGGCCUACUUUGGCGGCAUUGCCUACCGUUACUAUCUGCGCGAGGGCAUCGACGGCGGCUACGUGAACCCCUUUUCGGUGCGCAUCGUGCUGGGGGAGGACAUGGCCAAGAUGAAUCCCUACCUUUACGAGGCGAUGCGCAUGGUGGACAAGCUGCUCGUCUUCUGCCGUAAUAUCGCACACGCGAGGAGGCUGCAGGAAGAACUUCAGGCCGAAUCGCCGCCGCACGACGUCACACCCUUCACGGUGCUCAUCGCCCACUCUCGCAUGGGCAGUGCGGCGGUGGCCGAGGCGCUGCAGUGCUUCACCACGACAAAGCGAUGUCUUCUCCUGAACGUGCGACUCUUCCAGGAGGGGGUGGAGAUCCCUGACCUGAACGCCGUCUUCUUUGCGGCUCCCCGAUACAGCUCCCGCGACAUCAUCCAGAGCAUCUGCCGCCCCCUCAAUAAGGUGGAGGGCAAGCCGUCCUCCUUUGUGUUUCUGCCCGCCGUCUUCGACAAACGGCGUGCCGCCAGCCACCCCAUCAACCUGCAGAACUUCUCCACUCUCGUCCCGUUCACCGACGCACUCAUGGACGAGGACCCGAUGCUGUUCGAGUACAUGAUCGACCCGCAGAAGAAGGCCUACGACAUCGGUGUCGUCGGCGUGCGCUCGCUGAAGCUGACAUCCGACAAGCUCCACCGCUUCGUCCUGCCAUCCAUCCGGCGCGGCGUGCGCUACUCCUCCCGGGACACGGACCGCCUGCACCGCAACGCCCGUCUGCCGUGGAGGACGAUCUUUGGCGAGAUGAAGCGUAUCGUGCUCGAGUGCAACCGCUACCCGAAGGCCAACGACGCGUGGGUAGUCGGCGAGACGCCCAUCUCGCUGAACCUCUUCUACCAGUACGUGCGCAAAGGCUACAAGCUUCACGCCAGCGGUCAGCCGACGUACCUGCAGAUGCACCAAAUACGCGACCUCGAGAGUCUGCCGCAGUGGACGCGGUACGGCGUACACGGUCCGUAUCCGUGGAGGGAGUGCAUGCAGACCCUCGCACGGCACCUCCGCGCGCACCGCACCGUGCCCCCGCUAGAUGUCCACAAAGGCGGCUACAUUGGACUCGACGCGACACCUUUUGAGCGGCUGUCCGGCUGCUUGAUGCACGUCAACCAGUCCGACAGCCGGCUGUGCACUUGCCUGGCACCGGAGAAGCAGGCUGAUUUAGACCGACUGUGCAAGCAGUAUCACUUGCGGUGGCGCAAGCGUCGCACAAAGGACGGUACGAUCGUCAAGAGCGACGUGACGAUGAUUACGCAGUCUUACAACCAGUUCAAACGUCUGUUCGAGAACGCCUCAAAGGUGCCAGCGUUUCAGACCUACCUGGACAUGCACUUCCCCGGCUACCCAGAGAAGCAUGCGCGGAUGGAGACGUUGGAUAACUUGCGCAAAGGGAGUGUGCCGCCGCGGUGCUCGCUGCGCAGGCACGCGGGGCCGAAACGCAAGGCCCGCCGAACGGCGAGUGGAGCUGCAAUGGACCGCAAAGUGAUGUGCCGCAUCUGUCGUGAGCACAUUCCUGUCCUAAAGUGGGCGACGCACCUUUCCAGCCGGAAACACAAACGUGCACAGCAGGCCAUUGCUGAGACUACUGCGCCUCUCUCCUUAAAACCGGCUGAUGAGUGA